CUGCUGUUUUCGAUGCGAAAUACGCCAAAAGAGAAAAAAUAAAUAACAGAAACUAACCAUUUUUCAACAAAAUGCGUCCUCCGAACGCUCGGCAACGGGAGGUGGAAGUGCGCUACAGCAAGUGGCUGUAGAUAAUUAAUUUUGAAACUUGUUAACGUGCGUUGUAAGCAGCAGCACAGCGAGUGUGAUAGAAUAUUUGUGAAAACAAUCGCACGAGAGACAGAAAGCGUGAGCCUGUUUACCUUCCCGAGCUGCUUGCUGGUGAGCAAAAAUAUUGACUGAAACUGUGUGUGAAAUUGGUGCCGCAUGUUGGUAAAAUGUUGUUGCAUCGUUGUGUGACAAACCAGCACUCACUCCAGGACAGCUUUUCCCUCCCUGCACGGAGACUGUGUGGCGAGCAAAAGUGUUGAAUUAAAACGGCAAUUUUCCGACAUUUGAAUGUAACCGCUGGCCUGACAGACAGUACCGAGCCGUGGAACGGUCAUCGUGCCAGGCGCCAACGCGCUCGUACCUGUCAGCUGUCGCGAACAGGUACCGACCGAUCGAACGAAUAGAGAAAGAAAAAAAAAACCCGUCAACCGACUUCACCAGCUGCUGGCCUUCUGUUGGGCGCCCUCUCCGUUUUGUUGUUGUGGUGCAUCGGAUGACGGUGCGUUAAUACCGAGCGCGGGGCACUAAACAGCCCUCCUGUGCGUGCGUGCUGGUGAAGUGCUGCUGGUGGUAGUGGUGGUGGUGACGGCAGUGCAAAGCAAAGAAAGACGAACACUCGACAACAAACGCAAAACAGCGAACGGCACAGCAGGAAACCAUUGCAGCGCCGCAUUUUCAAGCGCAGCAGCGAGAGCGGUAAAGGGGGUGUCCGUUGCCCGACCCGACGCACGAUCGGCCCGACCCUGCCAUCGUUGCGUGCGCGUUGCGGCGGCCGGUCGCGGCCUGUAUGGGCGACGCGGACAUCCGGGCUACCGAGCCUGCGAUAAGCUACGCCAACACCGCACUGGACACGGGCCCGCUUCGUGCCGGCUACACGCAGCGCGGGAAGGACCGACGGAAGGAGCAUCUGGUUGUGUCGUUUCAGCUACCACCCGCAGCAGCUGACGGUGCGCGCUUGGGACCGCUCGGGCGGUGGUACCAUGAGACACUAGCGCAUCGCCGCUGCUUCGUCUGGCUGCAGAGCACACUGUCGAGGACGAUUUAUGUGCUGCGCUGCGUUCCUCCCCACCAACACUCGCACCGGACGCGACCACCCGUGGCAAGGAUCUCCCGUCGGCGGUGGCAUCAAACGACGCUAGACAGCGAAGCGCAGCUGCUCAAGAGCUGCUGGCCGGUGCCGGAACAAGUGCGCCUGUUUCUGCCCACCUUCCCGGUGGACGAGCGACGGGCCCACCGGUACGCAGAGCGCACGUACGUGGCGAAUGGUGCGUUCGGGCGGGUGUACCGCGUACGGGACACGCUUGCCGGUGGCGACAGUCGGCGCUGGUACGCGCUGAAGGUUCUGCAAAAGUCCAACAUCGUGCUGUCCGAUGCGGUUGGACAGGUCAGGGACGAAGUGAAGAUACAGACGGUGUGUGGCCAUCAUCCGUUCAUAGUGCCGUGCGUCGACUACUGGCAGGAUCGUACUCGCCUGUUUCUGUUGUCCGAAUUUUUCGGCAACGGUGAGCUGUUCCAUCGUCUAAAGUCCUUUACCAGUCAGCUGGUUCAGCUGUAUGUGGCGGAGCUAGCCUUAGCGAUCGACUUUCUGCACAACGCCGGCAUCAUCUAUCGCGACCUGAAGCCGGAAAACGUACUGCUCGAUGAUCAAUUCCACCUCAAGCUGAUCGACUUCGGGCUGAGCAAGUGGCUAAGCGUCGGCAGCCGCACCGGCACGCUCUGCGGCACGAUACAGUAUAUGGCGCCUGAGAUUCUACGAGGAGAGCCGUACGGACAUGCCGUCGACUGGUGGGCGCUCGGGGUGCUGGCCUGCCGGAUGUACACUGGGCGGUACCCGCUGAUGGAUCCAGCGCAUCAUUUAAGGGCCUCGGUGACUGAGCUACCGAUCGUACCACCCUCCUCCCCCUACAGCAGUACGGCCAUCGACGGGCCGGUGGCGAACCGGCGGCUGCUGCCAGCCUCGGCCGACCGUUUGCCGCCGGACGGGCGCGAUCUGCUCCAUCGGCUGCUGGAGCCGGAUCCGCGCGCCCGGCUGCGGUCGCUGCUGCAGCUGCAGCGGAUCGCGCUCUACCAGCACUACCGGUGGGAGGACGUGCGCACCAGGAAGAUAGUGCCGCGCGAUCUGUUCGACGAUGAGUGCCUGGUGCGGGAGGAAGACGCAGUCUUGUUCACCGAUUUCUAGCAGCAGCCGCAGCAGCAGCAGCAGCGCGAAAAAUCUCAACCCCUUUUUAGCAGUAUUUUCAGUGCCGAAAUAGAAGUAUUUGCUUGUGAAUUAACGGUUCAAAA